AUGGCAUCGCUGGCCGACCGGGUCCGGGGCAACGGGCGCAUUGCCAUGGGGCUCCAGUUCAACUUGCUGGUGUCCAUCUGCAUCAUGUUCCUCAACAAAUGGAUCUAUGUACACCACGGCUUCCCCAAUAUGAGCCUGACCCUGGUGCACUUUGUGGUCACCUGGCUGGGCUUAUACAUCUGCCAGAAACUGGACAUUUUUGCCCCCAAAAGUCUGCCGCUUUCCAAGCUCCUCCUCUUGGCCCUCAGCUUCUGUGGCUUUGUGGUCUUCACCAACCUCUCUCUACAGAACAACACCAUAGGCACCUAUCAGCUGGCCAAGGCCAUGACCACGCCGGUCAUGCUGAUCCCUAUAAAUGUAGGUAUCAUCCUAAAUUCUUACUACGGUGUGAAGUUUCAUUCCCUUGGAAUGGUGUUCACUGCCCUUGGUGUGUCAGUUACAUCCCUUUAUCAAGUGUGGGUGGGAGCCAAGCAGCAUGAACUGCAAGUGAAUUCCAUGCAGCUGCUCUACUACCAGGCUCCCAUGUCCUCCGCCAUGCUGCCGGUGGCCGUGCCCUUCUUUGAGCCAGUGUUCGGAGAGGGAGGAAUAGUUGGACCCUGGUCAUUUUUUGCUCUUCUUAUGGUACUGCUGUCUGGAGUAAUCGCUUUCAUGGUGAGCUUAUCGACUUAUUGGAUCAUUGGGAACACAUCACUGGUCACCUACAACAUGUUCGGACACUUCAAGUUCUGCAUCACCCUGUGUGGAGGAUACAUUUUAUUUAAGGAUCCACUGUCGUUUAACCAGGGACUCGGCAUCUUAUGCACACUGGUCGGCAUCCUCUCCUAUACCCACUUUAAACUCAGUGAACAGGAAGUAAGUAAGAGUAAGCUGGUCCAGUGGCCCUGA